AUGAGACCUACUCCGGAUCAUCCGUUUCGUAAACCAUCCUUUGACCAUUCUCCCGACCCCGUUCCCACGAGCUUCUUUCUGUCCCGCAAUCCACAUGUCUCGGAUCUAGAAUCAAGCACCUCUCUAGAUGGACCCGAUGACGCGAAAGAGAAUAUAUACGGGGUGCAAAGCCUGGAGGACACCCUUUGUCACUCGGAAUUUACUUCCCACGAUCUUCCCAGCCUGAAGCAGUCCGAUGAUUCUGAACACCCCGCACGGCGCCGGUCGACCCUCAAGGCGGACCCAAACAAUCAUUGCACUCUUUCGGGGCAGGCAUCUCCGGCGGCAGUCUCUCGGCCUUUAACUCCAUUGACACUGGGCAUCCCCGACGACCCAUCAUCCCUACCCAGCAGUCCCAAAUCAAUUUCCAAUCAAUCUUUACACCCACUGGAUGAUAUCUCUAUCACAGAUGAAAUCAACAGCCAAGCAAUCGCAUCUGGAGAUGAGGAGGAAAGGGUGCACGGAUCCCCACGUAUCGCCGCAGGUGGGGCGUCCCAAUUUAUCAUGCCAAGUAUCAAAAUGCCUAGUCGUCGACCGUUCACCGAGCGAGGAAAAGCUAUGGGUCGGUUCAAGAUUCUUUUAGCGGGCGCCCCUGGUUCGGGAAAAACUUCUUUAAUCAAAUCCAUCGUCCAGACAUGCGAAGAUAUCGUACAUGUCGACACAAUACCCGUGAACUCUUUAGAACGUCGAGCUUCUCGGACGCAUCGCACACUAACCUCGACCACCGAAAUAUACGCUAGCACCAAACCUUAUCCGUCAUGGUGGUCGGAUUUGGAAGAUUCGCGCGUGCUCCAACGCCGGAAAAGCCUCGGGGAAAUCGUGCUCGAGAGGAACCUCUGUUUUGUUGACACAAACUCAAGUCGUGGCCAAACGGACGAUACGGUUCAAUAUAUGUGCGACCAAUUCCUCCGUGCCAUCAAUGCGCUCAACAGUUCUAGUGUUGAUUUCCAAAACCUACUAGCCGGGAAUGGUGGAUCCCAGGUGGAUGUCAUCUUAUAUUUGAUUUCCAAUGACACCCUCGUAACAGACGUGGAAUGCAUCCGCAGGCUCAGCGAGCUAAGCAAUGUAAUCCCACUCAUAUCCAAAUCAGACACCCUCUCUCCAGCCCAAAUAACCGAUUUAAAACUGUCCUUCCAUGAAAAAUCCCGCUUAGCCGGUCUAAACCCCUUUCUCUUCGGCGCUUCUCCAACCAAGGAUCUAGCCUCUCAGUCCUCCUACGCCGUCUCUUCAGCAGAAGCCCCAGACACAGAGACAAUGGACGCAAGCACGCUCAUGAGCCCAGACUACGUCCAGCCCCUUCUCCCCUCCGACCUACCCACCCUAGUCACCAAAAUGUUCGACCCAGACAACCUCCUGUGGCUCCGCCACUCCGCCGCAAAGAAACUCCUCCAGCAACGCCCGGGCUUCUCUUCCCUGCCCCCCUCAAUCCCAUUGGCCAGUCCGGGCCCGGCUCCGUCCGCAUAUGGGUCUGGCUCUCUCUCUAGCAGCUGGCAAGCCGUCUCGGCUUCUUCUUCUUCUUCCACUUCGCCCAGCUACGCCAUGGCCCGCAUCACCGACCACACUCGUAACGAGGAGCGCGUGGCGCAGGUUCACCUCGCGCAGUGGGCGACCGAUCUCCAGCGCAGCCUGCAGAACGAGCGCGACGCCUAUGCGAAGCUGGCGCGCGGCGAGCGAGCCGUUUGGUUGACCGAGCGGCUGGGCGAGUGUGUCGUCGAUGGGUCGCUUGUGCCGCUUGCGCAGACGCCGGGCUUUUGGCAUCCGAAGCCGUUCCAGUCUCACGCUCGCUUUGGGAUUAGUCCGCAGGACCCACUUGGUGUGGUGGACUGGAUUGAUGACUUGGGAAGGAGGAGUUGGGUGCUUGUGCAGAUUGUUGGGAGUGUCGGGGUUGUGGGUGGGUUGGCGCUUUGGCUGGCGCGGACUUGGGGUUUGCCGACGCGCAAUCUGACGGAUUGGCGGGUGGAUUAUUGGUGUAGUUUGGAUCGGUGA